AAUCAACUGAAAUUCAAGUCACACAAGAAGAAAUGCAUACCAACACUGAUAUUUAUGAAUUUAUACUUGAAUAUUCUGACUCUAAAGCUCUAAGAAUAAAAACACUAGGACUCUGGAGGAUUUAGAAUGCAUCAAGGUGCCUUUUCAAAUUGCCUUUGAAGGCGAACCCAAUGGAUCGUAACAAACAUAUGAAAUCUGAUGCCUAGAAGCAGAAAACCGUCUUGAACAUCAGAUUAUAGCUUUCUAAUGAAAUAUAAGAAAUGUAUGAUGAAACAGUAAAACAAUCUAAGGAUAGUAAAUUAGAUAUCACACUCACACAAGCCACACUUGAGCAUUUGACCAAAGAAUGCAAUGUUAAUGAACAACAGUCACAUGAAGCUAGUCAGUUGCUCUCCAGACAUGGCUCAAUGGCCGAGCUUACCACCAUUGCCAUGAAUGAAAAAGAACUCAUUGAAAAGUGGGAGAACUCGCAAAGUCAGGAAACCUUGAUAACCUGUAUAGAUAAAAGUAGACAAGAACAAGAUAUUUUCCCCGCAAACCAUGUUGCUGCUCAAAUGGAAGUUCAUUCUACUCCGACUAAAAUUGCCUCGGUCGAGAAAACAACUUGUGAUGAUCCUCUGACCCCAACUGCCAACCUCAAAAUGUUGAUGAGCGUUGUAAGCCCAGCAAUACGAGACAGAGAUGAAAAGAAGAAAGAUCUGUUUGUCAAUCGCACUUUCAAGGCAGAAGUCAUAGAUGAAAAACCUAUCUACAGUCGAAAAGAUAGGUCACUGGGACUUUUGUGUCAAAGGUUUUUAGCCUUGUUCCCCGAGAACCCUGAUGGGUCUGUUGAAGUAUCAUUAGAUGAAGUUGCCAAAGAUCUACGUGUGGAAAGACGUCGAGUUUACGAUAUAGUUAACGUACUUGAAAGUGUCGAUGUGUUAAGUCGCUUGGCCAAGAAUCGUUAUCUUUGGCACGGGAAAUCAAAAAUAACGCAAACUCUUGGAAAGUUAAAGUUCCUCUCGAGGAAAAGUCUACAUCAGACGAUACAAGAGCGCCAAAAGGAAAACCUACAAAGUAUAGUGGAAACACCUGGAAAACAAAAGAUGAAACGAUUUUACAGUUUUGGGGACGAACCAAGUCCAAGUAGACAAUUCAAUGAGCCCGCUUUAUCUCAAGAGGAAGAACGUGCAAUGAUCAAAGCUGCAAUCGACAUGAUGGAAAACUGCAGAAAGGACAAAUCACUGGGCGUUUUAAGUCAGAAAUUUCUGAUCAUGUUCCUACUCUCAACGGGUGGUGUGGUGACCUUAGAAGAUGCUGCGACAGUUCUUCUUGAUCAACACGACGAGACGAAUGUCAAGUAUAGAACCAAAGUGCGCCGCCUCUACGAUAUUGCCAAUAUCUUGCAAAGUCUAAAGCUCAUAGAGAAAGUUCACAUACGAGGGGUAACUGGAAAGAAACCAGGAUUUAAGUGGAUCGGCAAGGAUAUCGAGAGUUUAUCAGAUAGCACAAUGGCCAGUAAAGACGUUGUGACCUACAAAACAAAGCAUUCCCUUCUACCAGAUACAAAUCAAAACAGGCAAGUCAAAAUUGGACGACCGCCAUUAUUGCAAGAACCCAGUCUUCCUUGCCCAGCAACGUUUGCUCCCAGGUCACGAUGGAGGAAGUCAGCGUCGUUUGGAGCAUCGCUCGUGCGACAUUCAAGUUCCCAAAACGACUUGGAGAAAGACGAAGGAGGAUCGAAAGGAGCAGCUGAAAAAGAUGGCUUCGAAGUUCACGAGUUUGAAUCUUCUGGUCGUGACAUGGAUUUCUGUAGCCCCACAGAAAGAACAUUCCAUGAAGACUUGGAAAAAAUGUUAGAGAAACACCCAGAACGCAUGUCCCAACUGCUGGCACAUGUUCAGCCACAGUUCAGGCCAGCUAAUUUAAGCAGCAAUAUCAACAAGUCAAGUAGAAGAAAGCUUUUCAACAAGAGCAAAUCGGACGCUGAAAGUUGCACGCAAUCAAACGUCAAACGUUUGCGAACGAAUUCUGACGGAAACUUCAACUCAUUUCCAAGGAAUGAUAAAGAAGAAGGAUGUAGAGGAGCUAAGGGAGAAGAUGUGCACCGAGGUGCUCUUGUGUUGACCAAUAAAGAGAACAUCAUCGCCGUAAGUAGCGGCAGAAAUACAGAAAUUGAAAAGAAACCUAUCUAUUCCGUGAACCCUUCUUUCAAAGUCAUGUCUAGCGUCAACGAAUUACCACGAAGUCAUCUCUCAAAAUUUGUUCCAGUCAACUUGCCGUGUGACUUGUCUGACAGAUCAAACCUUGAGCACAAGCCUAAAAGCAAUUGUCAAUGGCAACCAAUAGACGGGCGUUUUACACCUCAUAAUGGCCAUCAUAGUCCUAUUGUUCGUUUUGUGGAUGAAGCAUCAUCGCCUAUUCCACCCUGUAAGCUUGUACCACAUGCCUCCAUAGCCAUACAAACUAGUUUAAUUGAGAAUAUCAGUCCGCUAAAACCGCUAGUGUAUGUGAACAGAAAUGUUCAAUCACCAUGGAAGCCACAACUAACCUCUCCUAUUCCCACUCCACCUGUGCCACCCUCAACCCCCGAAUUACCCUACGAAAACAACAUAGGACCAUUUCAAAGUCAAUACACACAACAAUAUUCACGACGGGUAACCUCUCCUUAUCCCACAUCUGCAAGUUGCAGAUCCUCUCCAAUGCUCCCAUUGACUCAAGGCACAAGGUAUUUCUUCCCACCAUCUCCACAUCAACCAUCUAUGAACAGUGGGCCAAUAUCCCAAGCUAGUCAUAUGUAUGGUGUAGUAAGCCAACCUGUAUACCAGAGCAAUUCUUGCCCGCCAUCGAUCAAGUCUUCACCCAUACCAUUUGACCCUAAGCAAAUGAAAAGCCCCGGUAUUUCUCAACUGUGCUCUAUGAUGCCAACUCCUUGUACCAACAAACUGGUCAAAAAUAUGGAAACACAAACCAUAAAGCCUAAAGCUCGACGCUCAAUUUCCACCAACAUGGCGGAAAUUCCAUCACCAUCAGGUCACAUGCAAGCAUUUAAGAGAAAAGAACAAGUUGAAGCUGAUGUUGCUUCCAAUGGAAAAACACCUACAUCUGGAAACGAGGAUACAGCCCAACCUAAGAAUACUCCAAAACUCUGCUCACCCAAAGAAAAUCAUGGAAAGAUUUAGAACAGCAAAGAAACCUCUUGGUUUACCUUAUUGCUUAAGCUUGAAAUGCAGCUGAAGGUUGACACACUUCCUAGUAGAAGGCGCGAUGUUGCCUGAAGUGCAUAAAAGCUCAAACAUUUUAAUAAAUUAAACAUUUUUCUUGCGCAUUUUCAAUAUAUUUUAUUUCCAAUUAAAACUUUUUGCUUUGCACAUCUUAUGCAAA